UUCUUCCACAUUCUCUCAUUCACCAAAAAUGCCUUCAGCUGCAACAUUCGACCUAGGCGCCGUUCCCUUCAACCCUGACGGAUGGGGCCCACUCGAAUCCACCGCCGAUAACACCAACGUCCCCUUCGCUCCUUUCUCACGUUCCGACAAACUCGGCCGUAUCGCCGAUUGGACUCGGAAUUUCAACAACAACAACAACCCUAACCGAUCUAAAAACCCCGCCGAUACCGCUUUCGAUUUCACCUCCGACCCUUCCUUCCCUAACUUCGCCGAAGACGACUCCUCUUUCCGUCUCGUUGACGGUAAACCCCCUCCCCGUCCAAAAUUCGGUCCUAAAUGGCGCUUCCAACGCCAACUUCAGCUUCCUCAACGUCGCGAUGAAGAAGUUGAAGCCAAGAAACGUGAGGCUGAGAAAGAAAGAGCUCGUCGUGAUCGUCAUUACCAGAGCCGCUCAAACCCUAGCAAUCACCGCCGUGAGCUUUUCAAAUCUUCAGUUGAUAUUCAACCCGAAUGGAACAUGCAUGAUCAGAUCCCGUUUUCAACUUUCUCCAAACUGUCAUUCACUGUCUCAGAGCCUGAAGAUCUUCUCCUAUGCGGUGCCCUUGAAUCCUACGAUCGUUCCUACGAUCGAAUUGCACCGAAGAAUGAACGUCGUCUUGAGAGGUUUAAGAAUAGGAAUUUCUUCAAAGUUACCACCACUGAUGACCCUGUUAUUCGUAGGCUUGCAAAUGAGGAUAAAGCUACGGUUUUUGCUACCGAUGCUAUUUUAUCUACGCUGAUGUGUGCUUCUAGGUCUGUUUACUCUUGGGAUAUUGUUGUUCAGCGUGUUGGGAACAAGCUUUUCUUUGAUAAGCGUGAUGGGUCUCAGUUGGAUUUGCUUUCUGUCCAUGAGACUUCUCAGGAGCCAUUGCCUGAGGCUAAAGAUGAUAUUAAUUCCGCUCAUUCCCUUAGCGUGGAGGCUUCUUAUAUCAAUCAGAAUUUCUCUCAGCAAGUUUUGAUUAGGGAUGGGAAAAAGGUUACUUUUGAUGAGCCAAAUCCUUUUGCUAAUGAAGGGGAAGAGGUUGCUUCUGUUGGUUAUAGGUAUAGGAGGUGGAAGCUUGCUGAUGAUAUGUAUCUUGUUGCUAGGUGUGAGGUUCAUAGUGUUGUUGAUGUUAACAACCAGAGGUCUUUCCUUACUUUGAAUGCGCUGAAUGAGUUUGAUCCCAAGUAUUCUGGUGUUGAUUGGAGGCAGAAGUUGGAGACACAAAGGGGUGCUGUGUUGGCUACUGAGCUUAAGAAUAAUGCUAAUAAGUUGGCUAAGUGGACUGCUCAAGCUCUUUUGGGUAGUGCUGAUAUGAUGAAGUUGGGAUAUGUGUCUCGUAUUCAUCCUCGUGAUCAUUUCAACCAUGUGAUCUUGGCUGUGGUUGGGUAUAAACCUAAGGACUUUGCGGCACAAAUUAAUCUGAAUCCAAACAAUAUGUGGGGGAUUGUGAAGUCUAUUGUGGACUUGUGCAUGAAGUUGAAUGAAGGGAAAUAUGUUCUUGUGAAGGAUCCGUCUAAGCCACAGGUUAGGAUUUAUGAGGUUCCAGCUGAUGCAUUUGAGAAUGACUAUGUAGAGGAGCCAAUACCAGAGGAGGAGCAAGUUCAACCACAUGCAGAUGGUGCAGAGGAGGCUGUUGAUGGUGCAGAGGAAGUUUCUACUGCUGCCGCUACCAAUGAUGUGGAAGAUACGAAGACUGAUGGUCAAGCUUAAAAGGUUCCUGUUUAUGGGAUUGUGGACUGUUUACUUGUAGCAGAACUACUUUCAGGAUCAUUUUUACUCCUACAGUUAUAUUUGAAGGACAAAAUUUUGCAAUACAAUUUUUUUGAAGCAUAAUUUCUUGAAUUUUGUGAUGCAAUAACUGUUUUUUGUUUGUUUGGCAAUCAUGCUACAACUUGUUUGUUCUCUAUAAAUCUGAGCAUAUUUAGCGGGAACCAGGGGUGUUUAAAAAUCAUGUCAUGAUUUUUAGUUGAUGGUCAUCUUAGCAUUCUGCUUAGGUUUGUUAGCUAAACUCCUUGAGUUA